AUGAUAAAGUAAUCGCACUCCACGUAUGCUGUCAUCUGCUUGGUGGCAUUCUCUCAAGGAGUGAUUAACCUUUCAGAGUUGGCCAUUUCGUACUUGCUCAAAGAAGAUUAUGGAAUGAACCCCACUGAAAUGACAUACAUACAAGGCAUCAUCAGCAUACCUUGGGUAAUCAAACCGAUAUGGGGUCUCUGCACAGAUUUGCUUCCAAUUUGCGGUUACAGACGAAAGAGCUACCUCUUUAUAUUUGGUCUCAUGGGGUUUGUGCUCUUUUAUGCUCUCUCCAUAUAUGGUACGAAGGAUGCCUUUGCAGGUGUCUCUAUUCUGUUGAGCAUUCAAAUUUGUAUAGCAUUUUGUAAUGUUGUUGCAGAGGCUCUAUUGGUUGAGAUCUCAACCGGCAACGAUAGUUCAACCAACAAUGUCAGUCUAUUUUUUGGUUUUAAAGCCUUUGGAACUCUCAUGACAAGCUAUCUUAGUGGUUACUCUUUGAAGUAUUUGCAGAAAUAAUAAAUUUUCAGAAUAACUUCAAUAUUUCCUUUGAUUAUUGCUGGAGCCUCUCUGUUUUUGAAUGAGGGUCAGCAUAAAGAUAUGGAUAUUAAGAAGUAAUUACAAGAAUUACAUCGAUUCUUGAAUAUCAAAGCCAUAUACAAACCAAUAGUGUUUAUUUUUUGUUUUAUGUUGUAACCAUCAACUUCAACAGCAAUGUUUUAUUUUUAAACAGUCUAUUUGCAUUACACAGCUGAAUUUUUGGGUAAGAUCAAAUUCCUAUUUGCUUUGGCUAACAUCACAGCUGUGAGUAUAUUUAAUAGAUAUUUAAAAAACUAUUCAUUCAAGUCUGUGUUCUUUGUAACAACAUUAACUUAUAGUGUUGUUAAUGCUUUAUAGAUCUUGUAAGUGACCAGGAGGAAUGUUGAAUUAGGCAUAAAAGACGAAGCAUUUUCAUUAUGUGAUACUUUACUAAUGCAAUUGGUAGCCGAACUGAACAUGCUUCCUAUUUUGGUUCUGGCAUGCAAGAUUUGUCCAUCCAAAAUAGAAGGUACAAUGUAUGCAUUAUUGAUGUCCACAAUCAAUUUAGGUUAAUUAGUGGCCAGACAGAUUGGAGGAAUAUUGAUGUAUUUUAUGAAUAUAAAUGAAGCCUCGUUUGAGAAUUUGUGGAUAAUGAUAACAAUGACCAGUGUAUAUAUUUUGAUAUUGUUACCAUUUCUAUCGACAAUAAAAGAGAAGGAGAUGAUAGAGUCAAAAGAUGUGUAUAAUAAACAAGAUUUAGAUGAGUAGGAUAUAAUUGGAAAAGGAUACGAGAAAUUAAGUUUAUCAUUUGUGGAGAAUUGA